CUCCUGGGUUCCUUGGGGAGGAGGGGGCCGGGGGCCCGGAUUCCUGGGUCCUGGCACCCACCCGUAGAACCGACCUUGCGGGGCCUUCGCCGCACACAAGCUCGUGUCUGUGGGUCCGUGUCGGGGGCUCACCAUCGCGGCUGGGGCCUCCCCGGCCCUCCCCGCCCUCCCUGGCCCCCGUCUGUCCGUCCAGUCCAUCCGUCUGUCUGUCCACCUGCCGCGCCCCCCGGGCUGAGGUAGGAGGUUGUAUAGUUGAGGAGGACACCCACGGAGAUCACUAUACGGCCUCCUAGCUUUCCCCAGGCUGCGCCCUGCACGGGACGGCCCGGCGGGGACCCCUGACCCCGUCCCCUGCCCCACCCCGCCAGGCUAGGGAGAGGGGCUGCCGCAGGGAUCCUGGGAGGAGAGGCUGGGCUGCUCCUCGUGUCCUCGUCCCUCCAUCCCUUCCUCCCCCUUCCCUCGAAGAGUUCCUCUCCCAUCAGGAUAUCUCUGCUUUGCUUUCUCUCUGUCUCUCCAUCCCCGCUGGGUCUCUGCACAGUGACCUCUGAGACCCUGUCUCCAUCUGUCUCUUAUGGUGCUUUCUGGGUCUCUGACGCUCCCGAUGUCUCUCCAUGGCUCGGUUUCUGUCUUUCGGGCCCUCACGGUGUCUCUGUGCCAUGUCCGUUUCUGCUGCACCCCACUACCACACCCCAGGGCCUGGCGGGCCCCCGCACACCGUACUGCCGGCCUCUGGGUCCCUGAGACCCUUUAACCUGUGAGGACGUCCAGGGUCACAGGUGAGGUUCUUGGGAGCCUGGCAUCCGGCCCAACCAUCAGCCUGGGGUCCGACCCUGACCCCUGACCCCUACUCCCACACACCCUUCCUCCCUGAAAACCCUGGAGCCUGACAUUGGACUGGAGACUGAAACCCGACCUCUGACCCCGUAUCUUGAGCCCCUCCCCCACACCACGGUGACCUCACAAAAGUCUCCAGCUUCUCCACAGGCUGAGACCCUCCGCUAUGGCCCUUCUGGCCCCAGGGAGCGCUGUGCCGUCCGCCCUGGUGGCCCUCACGGUUUUCAGGGCCUCCGCCUGGGCCUGUCUCCUCUGCUUCACGUCUUACAACGAGCGCCUCCAAAUCUGCCAGAUCUUCGCCGGCCUGGAGAGCCCCGACCUCGGGAAGUGUGAGGAGGCCUUCACAGAUGCCUUUAAGGGCCUCCUGGACACUGAAAUCAACUACGAUGAAAGGAGCCACCUGCACGACGCCUUCACCCGGAUGACCCACUCCCUGCAGGAGGUGGCCGCUGCCCAGGGGUCCUUUCGGGUUGCCUUUCCUCAUGCCGCGGAGAAAAUACAGAAGAUUAUAUUACAGCUUAAAGAAGUCCAGGCCUGCAUCCCUCCCUGCGGACUCCAGGAGGUCGCCCGGCGUUUCCGCUGCCGAGGGUGCUACUCCACGGUCUGCGACCUCCCGCUAGACUGCCCAGUUCAGGACUUGACGGUGACUCGGGGUCAUCAGGCUAUGUUCUUUUGCACUGUGAACUUCCAGCUGCCUAAGGAAGAGAUCACCUAUUCCUGGAAGUUCGCAGGAGGAGGUCUCCGGACUCAGGACCUGUCCUACUUCCGAGAGAUUCCGCGGGCCCGAGGAUACCUGGCACGGAUCCGGCCGGUGCAGCCCACGCACCGCGGGACCUUCUCUUGCGUGAUCACACACGACCAGCGCCCCCUGGCGCGGCUCUACUUCUUUCUGAACGUGACAGGUCCGCCACCGCGCGGGGAGACUGAGCUCCAGGUCGCUUUUCGGGAAGUGUUGCGCUGGGCGCCACGGGAGGGGGAGAUGAUCGAACCCUGGACGCCCAGCCUGGGCGAGCUGCUGGCCAGGCCCGAGGCUCUGACGCCGGGCAAUCAGUGCCUGCUCGCGGUCGCUGUGGCCUUAGCCUCAGCCAGUGCGACCGUGCUGGCGUGGAUAUUCUUUCGAUGGUACUGCAGCGGCGACUAACAAAGGCAUUUUCAAGGCACUGUAGACACAGCAAUGAAGAAAUCAGAACAGACAAAAAUCUGCACCCUCAAGAUAGGCGGAGGGGAUUAAGAGAUACAAACUAUUAUGUAUAAAAUAAAUACGCUACAAGAAUAUAAUGUACGGCACAGGGAAUAUAGCCAAUAUUUUAUAAUAACUUUAAAUGGGAGUAUAAUCUAUAAAUUAUUGAAUCACUCUGUCGUAUGCCUAAAACUUGUAUAAUAUUGUACAUUAACUGUACUUUAAUUAAAAAAAAAAUUCUGCACCCUCAUGGAGUUUAGAUUCUCAUCGAUGGUCAAAAAAUAAACAAGAAAAUUAUGCAAAAAUGUGCACCAAGGCAUAUGAUAAUAUAUGGGAUGGAGCAAAAAAAGCAGGGAAACAGAUAGGGGGUGUUAGGGGGAGGAGGGUAGCAAUAGGAUCUUUGGAGAAGGCCUCACCCAAGAAGGUGCCCCUAGAAUAAAGACUUGAAGGGGAUGAGGUAUCAGCCAUGUGGAUAUAUGUGUUAAGAGUGCUCCAGGCAAAAGAAACAGCAGGAGCAAAAGCCCUGAGGCAGGGGUGUGCCUGGUGUGUGGAAGAAUAGCCAGGAGUUCAAUCCACUGGGAGCAGGGCUUUAGGAAAUGAGUAUGCAGUGAGGUCAGAGAGAACACGGGGUGGGGGGACCAGUUCAUGCAGGACCUUGGCCACCCUAAGGUCUUGAUUUUCCUCCGUAUGAGAUCAUGGUAGUUUUUGAGCCAAGGAAUGUCAUGAUUUGAUUUGAUUUACAUAGCUCCUGCAUGGAUAACAGACUGUAGGGGGCAAGGGUGGAAGCAGAGGUCACUGUUAGGUGGUAAUCCAGGCAUGAGAUAGCAACUUUAAUCCAGGGAGGAGAUGCAGCUCGGGGACAAAGCAGUGACAGUGAAGGUGAGGAGAGUGGUCCUAGGUCUGUCAUGUAGGUAGAACCAGUGGGAUUUGCUGAUGGAUCA